CUCAGACGUAAUACAGAAUGAGGAUAGUCGUAAAAGGUGGUGUAUGGAAGAAUACCGAGGACGAGAUAUUGAAGGCUGCUAUAUCAAAAUAUGGUAAGAAUCAAUGGGCUCGUAUCUCUUCUCUUUUGGUACGCAAAACACCAAAGCAAUGCAAAGCUCGUUGGUAUGAGUGGCUAGAUCCCUCCAUUAAGAAAACUGAAUGGUCAAAGACUGAAGAUGAGAAACUCCUACACCUUGCCAAAUUGAUGCCUACACAAUGGCGUACUAUCGCUCCAAUUGUCGGUCGUACAGCUACACAAUGUUUAGAGCGCUAUCAACAACUACUCGACGAGGCUGAACGUCAAGAAAAUGAGGAGCUUGGUUUGACUGGUCCAGGUGAUGAAGCAGGUCCAAGUGACGACGUACGUAAACUCAAGCCAGGUGAACUCGAUACAGACCCAGAAACCAAACCAGCGAAACCAGAUCCAAUUGAUAUGGAUGAGGAUGAGAAGGAGAUGCUUUCAGAAGCUCGCGCGAGAUUGGCUAAUACUCAGGGUAAGAAAGCCAAACGUAAGGCACGUGAACGUCAACUCGAAGAAGCGCGUCGUUUAGCUGUAUUACAGAAGCGUCGCGAGUUGAAAGCAGCUGGUGUUAUUUCACGAAUCCGUGAAAAGAAGAAGGGUGUGGACUACAACGCUGAUAUUCCGUUUGAGAAGCAACCAGCUAUUGGUUUCUAUGAUGUCGGUGAAGAGCGUGCAAAGACAUAUGAAUCAUCAAUUGGUAAAUCGAGAAUGGAAGCUGAAGGUAAACGCAAAGCAGAUAAAGGUGAAGAUGAGCGCCGAAAGAAGCAAAAGACCGCUAGUCAAGAAUCAAAUGAUAAGUACCAAGCAGCUCGUGAAGCCCAAAUUGCAAGACUUAAGGAAGCUGAUAAGAUAUCCGCUCGUCGUAAGUUAGACCUUCCUGCUCCACAAGUUGGUGAGAAAGAGCUUGAGGAUAUUGUCAAACUUGGUCAAUCUGGUGAGAGUACUCGUGAAUUGGUCGAAGAAGGUGAUACCUCAACCCAAGGUCUGUUAGGAAAUUAUGAUACUAUCGGAUCAGUACAUAAUUUACGUACUCCUCGUACAGAGCAAGGGGAGGAUAACAUCAUGAGUGAAGCGCGUAAUCUUAGAAACAUGACAGCAAGUCAGACACCAUUGUUAGGUGAAGAAAACACACCACUCCAUGAACAACAGUCUGGAACAGGAUAUCAAUCAGCUACUCCGAAGCAUGUAGCAAACUUCACACCAAAUCCACUAGCCACACCUUCGCAUGGCGGUGCACCAGGUGUGCCAUUCAAGACGCCAAUGCGCGAUACACUAUCGAUCAAUCGUACGGAUGGUAUUUUAGAAGCUUUCGAAACACCUGCCGAACGCAAAUAUAGUGAGAGAUCUGAGAAGGCUAGACUGAAGACAGGAUUCCAGAAUUUGCCAAAACCACAAAAUAACUUUGAGAUUGAAAUGCCAGAGGAUGAAGCAGAUGAAAUAGCUCAGGUUGCAGCCCGUGAGGAAGAUGCAGCGGAGCGUGACGCACGCAUUGCGGCUGCGCUUGCUGAAGAAGAACGUAGAAUAUUGGCCAGACGCUCAUCGGCUAUAAAGAUGAAUCUUCCUCGUCCGGUGAACAUUGACGUCACAGGUCUCCUUCAGUCUUUGUCUUUCAAGGAGAAAUCAGUUGAGGAGAUGGUUGAGAAUGAAUAUGUUAGACUGGUUGUACAUGAUAGUAUUCAUUACCCACUUCCCGGAGCUACGCCUGCUCAUGGCAUUGACCCUAUCGCAGAGUUACCUGAUGAGGCUGUCGAUGCAGCUAAAAGUGCGGUAGAUGCUGAAUUGGCCGCUAGUAUGGGUGUCCCAGGUGCCAAUUCGGACGCUGUCAAGCGCGCCUUAUUAGCUUCGAUCGAAACUCAAUUGGAUGCGAUCCCAUCUGGUGAACUUGGAUACUCGAAAAAGGCACAAGCGGUUGUCCAUCUCAAUGAACUCGAUGAUAGAGAAAAGAUGGAGUAUUAUACGUUCAGAUUUGCGACUAUUAAGGAUAGAUUGACGAACGAUGCAGUCAAGAGUGCGAAACAAGAGAAAAAGUUGGGUAUUAAAUUGGGCGGAUAUAUGGCUCGUAAAGAGGCUUUAUCAAAGAGGUUAUCAAAGGCAUUUGAUGAUGUUGAGACGGGCACAAUCAACAGAGAAGCAUUCGGUUUAUUAGCGCUCAACGAACGUGAAGCUGCUCCAGCUCGUGUCUAUAAACUUGAGAAGGAAGUUUCAUUUAUGCAACAGAGAGAACGUGAACUCCAGAGUCGCUAUAAGGAGUUGGAAAUGGAGAGACGUCGUCGUCAAGAAGUUAUAGAAGGUCUUGAAGAGGAGGAAGCUGAGAGACUUAACGAGAUAGCUAUGGCUGCCGCUUAAUCACGCUUUUGUAACUAUAAUAAAUGAUUAAUUUUAUAUAUUACUUUAUGA